CGACUCAUGGACAACUUGGAAGUAACGAAAGGCAUGUUGAAAUCAUUUGAGUUGGCCAUAGCAUUGCCAGCGGAUGGAGAGUUUGGAAGUGUUGGAACUGUUGGUAGGUUCGGAAGCCUUGAGUCGAGCGCAUUGGAAUUCGUUCGAUCCGAUAAACGAACGGUGCACCGUGUACGCGGCGGUGUGCCGCAUCUGAGGUAGGUAAUAAACGAGUUCUUCGCCUUCCUCGUACGUGCCGCGGGAAGUCGCCGAAGACCUCGACGGAAAACUGCCGCUUCUCGCAGGGACGCAGCGUGUCGCUGACGGCAACCGCUGUUUUACGUUCCACUCUGACUUCCUCAAUUUCAAAGCUCCAUAUGAUGUAACCUAUUUAUUAUUAAAUUUAUAUUAAUUUUAGAAAUGAAAAAUCCAUCAGGAGACGAUGAAAAGUUCACGUAUCAAUCGCAACGUGACACUUUUGAAGUUCCAUUACGUUAGUGGUUAAGAGGAUAACCGCAUCAAAGGUUGAAUGGUGGCUUUUGAAACCGCCUCCGCCGCGAAACUGUCACCCUGCGUUCAAAACGCGGCAUAUGGCGUGGCAUUCACAAUGAACCCGAACCCAAAGGGUUCGCGUCAACUAUGUAGGCGUACUCUCGAAUAUCAAAUUGAAAUAUUGGCACAAUGAAGCUCGGCAUGUGGUUAAACGAUCGCGAGCAGCUGCGUCAGGAGGGCCUUGUUCUCUUCAGCAAAUUGAUUCGCACCAAGAAUGUCGAGACUUUACAAGAUCGCACAGGCCCCCCACGGCAUGGCGAUGAACGAAAAAUUAAACUAACCAAAUGUCUGACGACAUUAGAUUUAACAUCCCUGGGUGUCGGCAGUUGUGUGGGCACAGGAAUGUAUUUAGUAGCUGGUAUGGUUGCGCGCACAGUAGCCGGACCCGGGGUUGUUUUCAGUUUCAUCAUUGCAGCUGUAGCCAGUAUUUUCUCAGGUGCCUGUUAUGCAGAGUUUGGUGUUCGUGUACCACACACAACAGGCUCAGCGUACAUGUACUCAUAUGUGACAGUCGGCGAGUUUAUCGCCUUUGUGAUUGGAUGGAACAUGAUAUUGGAGUACCUGAUUGGUACAAGUGCAUGCGCUUGUGCACUGAGCGCUUGUUUUGAUGCGUUAUCUAACGGCGCAAUCUCAGCAGGCCUCGUCAGCAAUGUGGGCACAUUAUUUGGAGACAGACCUCCGGAUUUUGUCGCUUUUGGGAUCACACUCCUGAUGAUGUUGCUCAUGGCUGCCGGAGUGAAGAAGUCCCUGAUCUUCAACAAUGUUUUGAACGCCAUUAAUUUAGCGAUUUGGGUGUUUGUGAUGACAGCGGGUCUGUUUUAUGUGAAUACGGACAAUUGGACGCAACACCAAGGGUUUUUACCAUUCGGCUGGUCCGGGGUAUUUACUGGUGCUGCCACCUGCUUCUACGCAUUCAUUGGCUUUGACAUUAUUGCUACCACCGGCGAAGAAGCUACCAAUCCUAAACGUUCCAUUCCAUUGGCCAUCGUUUCCAGUCUGUGUAUUAUCCUCAUCGCGUAUGUUUCCUCCAGUAUGAUGCUCACACUCAUAGUACCCUAUGAUCAGGUAGAUCCAGACUCUGCUCUAGUAGAGAUGUUUGGACAAGUGGGCGCUUACAAAUGCAAAUAUAUAGUUGCUGUGGGGGCCCUUGCUGGACUUACUGUGAGCAUGUUCGGAUCCAUGUUUCCAAUGCCAAGGAUCCUAUAUGCGAUGGCCUCAGACGGGUUAAUCUUCCGUCUGUUUGCUCAGGUUUGGCCUAGUACGGGAACACCCGCACUAGCGACAUUCAUCAGUGGACUCUGUGCUGCUUUAGCGGCGCUAGUAAUCAGUUUGGAGAUUCUUGUUGAGAUGAUGUCUAUCGGCACACUCUUAGCCUACACAUUAGUGAGCACAUGCGUUCUCAUCCUAAGAUAUCAACCACAUUCCACUAACCUUGUUGAACUCCUGCCGCAAAGUCUACGUACACCAAUCAAGGGAUCUCCUAGUAAAGACCCGGUUGGCGGUGCGGGUGCUAGUGGUACUACACCAAAUGGACAACAAUAUGGAAAUAAUUUGCAACCGAAUAUGGGCAGUAUGCCACAUAUUCCAGCCCCAUCAGUAUCACCCAUUCCGCAACAACCCACUCAAAGGGUGAUGGUGAGGCGUGUGACACGGAGUUCACCUGAUAGCGAUGAUACUUUCCCUGGAGACGAACAAGAGGAAGAGUUUUCUAUUCGUGAUGAUCAAUUUUUGGUCUCAGAUCGAACCGAGAACAAGUUUUACGGCACUGUUCAUGGAACAAGUGGCACGACUACUACCACAGGUGUGGUGGGUUCUACAGUAGGGCCUAGUUUAGGUUAUAUAGGUCGUAGGUUACAAGCAGCAACAUAUCUAUGCCCGGCGAUCUUUCCAUGGGUAGACACCGGGCCGGCAACUGAAGAGUCUGGAAUGUUUGUGAUGAAACUAGUAGGCAUUCUUUUUGUGCUCAUCAUCAUUUUUGAUCUGAUUAUUGUAUGCGGCAUGCAUAACAUGACCGGUGCGACGACGUUUUUUAUGUUUCUAUUUUUGAUUGCCAUCGUGGCCAUUUUGUUGGUCAUAUCACGAAAACCCCAAAAUAGGAAUAGUUUAAUGUUUAUGACACCUGGUUUACCAUUCGUGCCCGCGAUUGCCAUCACAGUCAACAUUUAUUUAAUUUUCAAACUGUCUAUUUUGACAUUGGUACGAUUCACGAUUUGGAUGACGCUGGGCUUCUUAAUGUAUUUCUACUACGGAAUUAAGAACAGUACGUUAGAAGAAGGCUCUGGCGAAACAGAUCACAAUAACAUUGAGUUGACUGUCACCGACAUGGAGAAACCAAAAUAUUCGCCAGCAUCACAAGGACAUUACAAUGCGGCUUGCGAUACUAACAUUUACAGUCAAGGGCAACCGACGUACGAUUGGGAUCCAAAAUCUGCGUGGGACACCGAUUCUGCUUGGGGAGCAGCCCCUACUAGUGGUACCACGAAUCAAUACCAAGUCGAGCAACAAUACAACAUGUCUACGAACAACACUCGUUCGGUGAUUAACAAGCCAACUUCCGGGACCACUGCGGCUUCCGGAGUUGGCUCCACCUCUACAUCUACCUCUGGCACGGUGGGCAGCACCAUGUUUGUCAGUGAUCCUUUGGCAUUCCCUUCGUGGGACGACUAAAUCACGAAUCUACAAAAUAUGACGCACUUGAUACUCAAACGGGCAAUAUCCUUUCUCCAUUUAACGAUAAAAACAUUUAUAUAGAUAGCAGGAAAUUUGCAAUUGUUGUUUGUUAUUAAAUAAUUACAUUUAUUACGACGAGACUUGAAACGGACAAGGUAUGCAGGGAUUUAAACGACAAACGAUCGGCCAUGUUUACACAUGGCGACGAGACUAUUUAGACACAAAUGAGAUCGAGCGGUGCUUAGGUAUUUACUAUAUAUUUAGAUACCAAAAGACAUUUACGUCGUAUAAUUUCCAAACGUUUUUUACAUUCAGGUUAAACGCACAGCCAUGUGAAACCGUUUUUUGUAGUGUGGCCAGCGGAGUGCACAAGAUGGCCGUCGAGAUUGCGCCCACUCCAGCUCCUUGUUUUCUGUCAUUUCUUCUAGUUAGGAACUUGAAUGGUUGAUAAACUAAGCGAAUAUUAAAACAUGUUGACUAAUGAUGAUUACGAUGAUGAUAUAAAUGUAAAUUACUCUAAUUCUAAGCAGAAAUAUAAGAUAAUGAUGACGAUUUCAUGAAAAAGUGUAUAAAGUAAACGGAACAAAUGUGAUUCGAUGUUUUUCACGUCUCUCUUAUAACAUAUACAUCUCUUAUAUAAAUAUUUAACACACUCAUUCAAGAAAUCCUAUGGAAAAGUCAUCGUUUGCAUGCAAACUAAUGUAAACCAACAUACAACUCUUCGUAAAUGUGUUUUCCAUAUUUUAAGACUACUUAUUGUUAUCAUUAAGCUUUAUAAUCCUCUAUACACUAACAAAAAUCAUAAAUCCAUUUCAAAACAUGGACGUUAACAUAUUAAGACAAUUAUUGAAUAUUAAUAGGACAUUUUAACUUUUUUGACUUGACACUCCAUGGUUGUUCAAUGGUGUUAAUUUAAAUUUGUAAACAAAGUGUAAACAAACAAGCAAGUGUGUAGAUUCUAAUUGAAUUGUAUUAGAAUCUACACUUUUGAUUGUUUUGAAUUUGCAUUCUCAUGGGUAUUACGGGCAAUACGAUUUUGUGACUUCGUUUUCAUGCGGUCGUAGCUAAUUCUAGUAUCAAACACCAACCAACUUCAACAAAAACGCAAACGCAUGAAACGAUUCGGUCACUUACGUAAACUGUACAUAGAGAUGAACGUACUUUACGUCGACGUUUAUUAUCAAAGUGCACUCGAUUUUGAAUGUCUGUAUUUUGCCAAUCACAUGAAUGUGAACUGUUAUCUACUGUUCUAUUUUUUCAUCGUUAAUCAUUGUGCUAGGGCGUAAUUCGACUCAUAACUUAUAAGUAAGCAGAAAAAGCAGAUCAAGCAAAAACGCAGCGGACGAAGGCAUACAAUACAGAUAAUUAUAUUUGGUUAAGCGUUUAAAUUAUAUCAUAGAUAAAGAAAGUUGUGACAUAUCACACGGGUGUCUUUGAAUUAGUAAACAUUCAAAACGUAUGUUUUGAUUUUUGCUAAUGCGAUGAAAUUCGUAAAAUUUGUACAUACACCCUUGAGAAACUUCCGUGAAUAUUUUAGUAAAUCAAAAUUUCAUUGCAUUUUUAUUAAGUGAACGUUUUAACUUCCAGCUUUUUAUUCUGAACUUUUAACACAUUUUUAAACAAACAAAAUAAGAUGAAAUAAAACGUUUAACACACUAUAUUAUUACGUCAGUGCCUGUUGAAAAUAUAUAACGAGAAAUGUGUAAAAAUGAAACGGUUUACGAUGAAUUCUGAUUGUGUACGUUGCUAAAACAGCCGAAUAAAACGAAAAACUAACAAAAACGCAAAAGAUCAUUACUUGGUUCCCAUCACGACGCAUGUUAUUGAUGUGAGAGAUUAAUAGUGAUGGUGAGAUAAGUGAAAAUAAAUAAAUGUAUGUUAACGCAAAAUAAACAAAAUCCAAAAAAAAAACUGAUAUAAAAAAGUAAAAUAUUUAAAGAAUAUUAACGAUGAUACAUAUACAUUGCAUAUAAAUAUGAUGAAUUAUAAAUAUUAUAAAUAUGAAUAUAUUGUAUUUAUGAGAUAUUAUUACGUUUUUUGGUGAUCGAUUGAUUGUUUGAUUCUAUGAUUGAUUGACUUAUUAUCGACUUAACGGUAAUGUAAUAUAAUGUAAAUUUUCAAAAAUAUUGUAUGAAUAAGUAAAAACUGUUCAGAGCAAACUAAUAA